AUGCGGCUCUGGCUGCUGGCCGUGCUGGGGCUGGGAGUGCUGGCGGGUGUGUGCCGCGCGCAGCGCCGGAGGGCCAGGCCGGUCCUGCCCAUCAUCACCAACAAGACGUUCAUCGACGCGUGCGUCCGGGAGCACAACAAGCACCGCAGCGUCGUCCGGCCCGCUGCCGCCAACAUGGUCUACAUGACUUGGGAUGCAGCUUUAGCACGGACUGCCAGGGCAUGGGCAAAAAAAUGCCUUUUUAAACAUAGUCCAUAUUUAACGGAAAAAUAUAUGUCUCAUCCUCAUUAUGGGCAUGUUGGAGAAAAUAUCUGGACUGGACAUUACGGGUUAUUUGGUGUCCCUGAAGCCAUCAAAUUAUGGACCGACGAAGUCCAGCACUACAAUCUUCAGACUAACAAGUGUACUAAAACAUGUGGUCAUUAUACUCAGGUUGUUUGGGAUAAUUCUCAUAAGGUGGGCUGCGCUGUUGUUUUUUGUCAUAUAGCUGCCGGAAUAAGAGAUGCGGCACAUUUUGUAUGCAACUAUGUACCAAGCGGCAAUUACCCAAGAAAACCUUAUAAAGCAGGAUCGUCAUGUAGUCUGUGCUCAAAAGAGGACACCUGUGUGGACAACCUAUGUAGAAAUCCAAAACGUGAUAAAAUUAUACGUUACACAAGAUGGUAUCCACCCUGGGAGAACAGGAUCGUUUGUGACGAGUCCUGUAUUGCUGUUGUGGUUUUAAGACCGUCACUGAUGUUAUUGGCUUUUCUAGUUGUUUUUCUUAUGCAGAAGCGUUAUUCAGAUAUGAGGAUAUCUAAAUAAUCUGUUAGAAAUAUAUAUUUCAUGAAAAGUUAUGACAAGUCCUUAAAAGAUUAAUAUCACACCUACCUGUUAAGAGAAUUCUCUUGAUUGAUGUUUUUACAGUGAAUUUGAUCAUUUAAAAAACAUGUCAUAAAGGGCUGUGGAUGUUUAAUGGGUUAUAAAGAGUAAAUUAUUUUUGCUCUAAGCCCUUACAUAUCUUAUGUAUAAAUACAGAUAAAUAUAUUAUAUUAAAGAUAUGAAAAUAAUAAAAAAGGCAAAAUUUUAAGUUAAAGGUGACAGUCUGGCAAGAGUCAUCAGAGGGAUAUCUAGUAAAUGGCUUUUCCAUGAUGAAAUUUUAACAAAUAAAGGGGAACACCUGGCAUCUAGAAUUCAAGAAGUAAAUUAAAACAAUGUUUCCACUUGAUAAUAUUUGUAGUUUCCACUAUAUAAAUAUUUGAAGUAGUGACUAAUUCAUUUAGAUGUCUGUCUAUAGAAUCAUACUGUUAUGGACCUAAUCCUACUUUUCUGGAGUCCAGUCAAAACUCCAAGUAAAAUGGGAACAGAAUUAGAUACCACUUCUGUAAAAAGAAAGCAUUUUAUAAAUAUUCAGUAGUACUAAUAUAGCUCUAGAAAAAUGUAUAUAAAUUUGUA